UCCUUCAAAAACAACAGCUAGUACACCUCGGUAGCUUUCUAGCCAACACAGCUACAAAAUGCAUGCUCUUUACACUGUUUUGGUGUAUAUUAGUUGCUGUGUGUGAAAAAAAACUUCUGUUAUAUGUACUUGUUGGCACAUUUAAUUAUAUAUUUACGUUGUUUGUCAGCGAGCUGGUUUGUUAAGUUAGCUUAGAGCUAGGCUAGUUGUUAAUGCUAGCUAGCUAACAUCCCAACCAUGAGUUCACUAAGCUACUCUCCUCCUGAUAAAGAAGGGGAGGUCUGCUGUACGGAGAAAGAAACUCUCGUGAAAGAGGAGGAGGAAGAGAAGGAUGUUACAAUCCAAAAACAAGUAGAGGGUGAGGCAGUUGCUGUGAAAGAAGAAGAGAAAGACUUUUCAGUGAAAGAAGAGGAAGACGCGUUCAGAGUGAAAGAGGAGGAGGAUGUUACAGUAAAAGAAGAGGAGGCAGAAAAAGAGGAGGAUGCCGUUUUUGGAGUGAAAGAGGAGGAGGGGGAGAUAACUGUCACAUUGGAGGAAGAAGAGGAGGUUGGAGAUCUGUUUCACACCAGAGAUAGAUGGUACUAUCGUGGAUCCUCUGGGGAGCCUCAAAAACAUCAUGAUGCUGACCAGACAGAGAAGAGUCUCUCUACAUCAGAACACCUCAAGAAACAUCAGCAGAGACCUAAAGGGAAAACAUCUAUUUGCUGCUCUGACUGCGGGAAAGGUUGCAAAUCUUUAUCAGAACCUAAAAAAAAACAGCAAGUACACACAGGAGAGAAACCAUACUGCUGCUCUGACUGCGGGAAACAUUUCUCAAGAUCAAAAUCACUAAAAGUACACAUGAGAAUUCACACGGGAGAGAAACCUUAUAGCUGUGAUCAAUGUGGGAAGAGUUUUACUAUAUCUAGCUAUCUGACUAUACAUCAGAGAACACAUACAGGAGAGAAACCUUAUAGCUGUGAUCAAUGUGGGAAGAGUUUCACAACAUCUAGCCAUCGGAUUGUACACCAGAGAACACACACAGGACAGAAACCUUAUAGCUGUACCCAAUGUGGGAAGGCUUUUACUCACUUAGGCAGCCUGCUAUCACACCAGAGAAAAAACACAGGAGAGAAACCUUAUAGCUGUAAUCAGUGUGGGAAGAGUUUUGCUCAGUCAAGCAACCUGGUAUCACACCAGAGAACACACACGGGAGAGAAACCUUAUAGCUGUGAUCAAUGUGGGAAGAGUUUUACUAAAUCUAGCAGUCUUAUUGUACACCAGAGAACACACACAGGAGAGAAACCGCAUAGUUGUGAUCAAUGUGGGAAGAGUUUUGUUACAUCUAGCCGUCUCAUUGUACACCAGAGGACACACACAGGAGAGAAACCUCAUAGCUGUGAUCAAUGUGACAAGAGAUACUCAGAUAAAAGAUCUCUGAUCAAACAUAAGAAAAUGCAUACAUGAAGGAGUUGUUUCAUGAUAUAAAUGAAAUUAUGUCACAAUGUAGAAUGUUUUAACAUUUUGAAGUAGGAGUAUUUUAAUGAUGUCACAAUGGAGAACCCUAAACGUUAGCCCCCUGUUCUAUUGAUUUCAGCAUGAUAUGGAUAUUAGCCUCAUCAGUGGAAAUUGUUUUGUACUUUGCUACGUUCAUCUUUCCCUCGAUCCUGACUAGUCUGCCAGUCCCUGCCACUGAAAACAUCCCCACAGCAUGAUGCUGCCACCACCAUGCUUCACCAUAGGGAUGGUGCCUGGUUUCCUCCAGACGUGAUGCUUGGCAUCCAGGCUGAAGAGUUUAAUCUUGGUUUCAUCAGAACAGAGAAUCUUGUUUCUCAUGGUCUGAGGCCUUUUUUUGAACUCCAAGUGGGCUGUCAUGUGACUUUUAUUGAGGAGUGGCUUCUGUCUGGCCACUAUCAUAAAGGCCUGAUUGGUAGAGUGCUGUAUAGAUGGUUGUCCUUCUGGAAGGUUCUCCCAUCUCCACAGAGGAACAAUGGAGCUCUGUCAUAGUGACCAGCGGGUCUUGGUCACAUCCUUGAACAAGGACCUUCUCCCCCGAUUGCUCUGUUGAAGAGUGGUUCCAAACGUCUUCCAUUCAAGAAUGAUGGGAGGCCACUGUGUUCUUGUGGACCUUCAAUACUGCAGAAUAUUUUUGGUACCCUUUCCCAGAUCUGUGCCCUGACACAAUCCUGUCUCAGAGCUCUACAGACAAUUCCUUUGAUCUCAUGGCUUGGUUUUUGCUCUGACAUGCGCUGUCAACUGUGGGACCUUAUAUAGAAAGGUGUGUGCCCAAAUCAUGUCCAAUCAAUUGAAUUUACUGCAGGUGGACUCCAAUCAAGUUGUAGAAACAUCUCAAGGAUGAUCAAUGGAAACAGGAUGCACCUGAGCUCAAUUUUGAGUCACCUAGCAAGGGUCUGAAUACUUAUGUAAAUAAGUUAUUUCUGUUUUUCGCUUUGUCAUUAUGGGGUAUUGUGUGUAGAUUAAUGAGGAACACAAUAUUAUUUAAUACAUUUUAGAAUAAGGCUGUAACGUAACAAAAUGUGUAAAAAGUCAAGGGGUCUGAAUACUUUCUAAAUGCUCUGAAUAUGCUAUUGGUUUACCGUUAGAAUAAGUUGUAUGACUACACCAAUACUGUUAAAGCAACGAUGCAGAGACCUAGAAAAUACAUGGCCAACCUUGCUGCUAGAGAUCUAGCUACUGGGUGUGCAGGUUUCUGUUCCAGCCCUGCACUAACACCUGACAUUGUGCUGAUUAUUUGGAUUACACACUAUUCAAUCAUAUCUUGUUUUGGAGUCAGAUGGAUGUCUAAACCCACUGCCCAUUUCCACAGGUGUUCUUUACGAUAUGAAAUAAAUGGUUGAUUCUUUGAA